GAAGCUUCAGGACAAGUACAAACAAAAUCUUGCCUCGUGUGUUUGAUUUCUUAUCGGAGUUCUUCUCGAAUUUUUCAUUCAGCAGAGUGUUUUUACAAUAAGGUUGUCACCAUGUCUGCUGCUGCAGUUUCACACAACAUAGAGGAUAAUCUCUCCACAUUAGCACAGACAAAACGGAUCAGGGUGACAGAGUUUUUCCAUGACUAUGACGGGCUGCGUUCCGGUUUUGUUACAAGGCCAAUGUUUUUCCGAUGUCUGUGGCAAACUCUGGGAAUUAAGUUGACUCCAGAACAAGAGGAUUACUUGGCCUCAAAAUAUGGUUGUGGGUCGAAAGGGGACAUCAACUACAGAAAGUUUUGUGAAACCAUCAAUCAACCAUUUAACCCACGCCUUGUUUCAAAAGACCCAUCCUCUCAAAGGGUGGAGGCAAAAGAAUUUUUGGGCACAAUACGCUCUGUUAGACCAUUGGAUCCAGAGGGAGAAAAGGAUCUCUUCAAUCUCUUACAGAAAAUUCAGAGAUAUUAUCAAUACCACGGCAUCAACUUGAGGACAUGCUUUUCUGAUUUUGACAAACACCAUGUGGGAACAGUCACAGAGAGCCAGUUUUACCGCAGUUUUCCUGGUCCCCCAGAUGUGACAGAGAGAGAUAUGUAUCUGCUGGUAACUAAGUACAGAGACCCAGAAAAUGAUGGCCUGGUGAACUACCUUAACCUGCACCAUGAUGUUAUGGCCAUCAGCCAACUGUUAGAUCAGGGGAAGGGAUUACCAGUCAUCCCUACCAGAAAUGUGGAUUUUGCCCCUCAUGUAAUAACUGAUGACCCCACGCUGAAUCAAGUCUUUGACAAGAUCAUGGUGGCAGUUUAUAAAAAUGGCAUUCGUACCACAGAGUUCUUUAGGGAUCACGAUCCCCUCAGAAGUGGAAUAAUAACAGAAAACCAGUUUAUCUGUGGGCUAGCUCUUGCUGUUGGCAAAGAGGCUCAACUUUCCAGGGGUGAGAUCCAGAAAGUUGUAGAAUUUUACCGCCAGUCAGAUGGACGGGUGGCAUACAAAGACUUCUGUGACAUUAUGGAGAAUGCUUUCAACACUCCUCACCUUGAGAAAAAACCCACCCACACUGUUACUAGGCCUCUCCGUGGGGCACUGACCAGGACCCUGAAGCCUCUGACGGAAUCUGAGGAACAGCGAGUUCUCUUUAUCCUAGAGGGCAUGGCAGACAUUGUCAAGAAGAGGCGCCUCAUGAUGUACCCCUACUUUAAAGAUUAUGACAGGGGAAUUGCUUACACGCGUGUGGUCACAAAAACUCAGUUUGGUAGAAUUCUUCACUUUCUUAGCCUAAAUGUAUCUAGCGAAGACUUGAAGCUGCUUUGCCGGAAGUUUGAAGACCCAGCCAGUGGUGACGUGAAUUAUCCUGCAUUUGUUCAAGCUGUAGAUCAAGAGUUUGUAGGCCAUACGAUGGAGGAUGUGUCCACCCAGAAUACAAACCGCACUAAUGUUGUUAAUUUGGAGAGAGUUGACAACCGAGGUGAAGUGUCACUGGAUGAACUGAUGAGCAGAAUCAGGCAUAUUAUCCUCACCAGCAGGCUAAGGGUAACUGAGUACUUUCAAGACUACGACCCCUUACGAUCUGGUUCCAUCACCAAAGCUCAGUUCCUCCGUGGCCUGGCCUCCUUGGGCCUGAGUAAGCUGGGUCAACAUGACCUUUCCCAGAAACAGGCCAGUAUGCUGUGUGACUUUUACAGCAGUCCUACCCAGGCUGACAAGGUCUUGUGGACCAAGUUUGUUGAUGAUGUAGAAAGUGUGUUCACUCAGCCUGGACUGGAGAAGAACCCCACCUACCAGGUGCCCCCCUCAGAAAUGUUCCGUGUGCCCAAACCUGGCACUGUGGACUGGUCCAUGGCCUCUGCAGAGCAUGAAGGGAUGGUGGAGAGGGCCAUGAAGAGGCUCAAAGAAAGAACAUGCCAAAGACACAUUCUUGUCAAACCUGUGUUUCAGGACUUCGACAGACAUAACAAUGGCCAUGUUACCCGCUCGCAGUUCCGUCAGUGCCUGACCAUGCUGGAACUCCAUGCUAGUGAGCCUGAAAUGAUUGCAUUAGAGGCGAAAUACUGUAAUGACAUGGGCUUUGACUACAAGGCUUUCCUGCAAGACCUGGAACCCCAGACACCACGUAAGCUGAUGUACCUAGAGAGACAGGAAACACUGAGGCGAGUCAACCAGAUCAAACACUUACCAGAGCUUAAUCCUGCUACAGAUCUCGAGCAAGUCCUGUUAAAAGUGAAAACAAAGGUGAUGAAAGAGAGAUUACGUCCCCUGGAGUUUAUGAGGGAUUAUGAUAAGUUACGCUCAGGGCGUAUGCUGAAGACUUCCUUCAGAAGAGCACUGGAUCUUUGCCGCUUUGAAUUGAAGGAAUCAGAAAUAUCUAUUCUUGAAGACAGAUACCAGGCUGCUAAUCCUGAUUACGUGGACUACCUGAAGUUCUGUGAUGAGUUAGAGUCAGUGUUCACCACCAAGGAUUUGGAGAAAGCUCCUCUGCUCAACGUUACACAGUUCACUCCCCCUGUUGAGUGGCAGAUGAACACGCUGCCAGCAGAAAUGCAGAGUAAAUUCACAGAGUGCAUGAAUAGGAUAGCAGAAAAGGUACGUCAAAGGAACAUCCAGUUGUUCCCCUUGUUUGAAGAUUAUGACAGAGUGCACAUGGGGGCAGUAUCACGAUCACAGUUCCGGCGUGUUCUCAGCGAACUUCAGCUGAACAGCUUGGUGUCUGAGCAAGAGUACGAGUUGCUGUGGCAGCAGUUUGACGUGAAGAUUGGUGGGAAGGAUGACAUGAAUUACAUUGCUUUCUGUGACAAUAUUUACAAACUAGCAAACAUUGAACCAAGGAAACCAUGAACAUUCACUUACUGAUUAAUCAAAGUGUGCACAGGUAAAAACUAAAUUGUUAGUGCAACUUAAGGAAUACUUUCCUUGUACCUGUAUUGUAUCAUAUAUUACUUUACACAACAUUAAAAGGAUGAAGUUACAAUGUCCCAAUAUUUACACAAACAAUAAGUAUUUUGAAGAUAUAUUUUUCAGUUGCCUUCCGCCACACAUUUUGCCAAUGUUCUGCAUUGUUGAAUGCAGUCAGAGAAAUGAAAUGUAUAUUACCUCUUCAAAUCCAAACCCCAACCGGCCCUAUUAGCGGAGUCUGUGAUACUAUUUAAUGUGAUAUUUUAUUAUGUGGAAAUACAUUUUAUAUACACUUCUGUUUCCUGUCAUUUGAUUCUACAUUUGUUUUUAUCUAUAUCCUAAACAUCAGAGCGAUUAUCUGCAAGGGGAUAUCCUUUGUUGGUUAUUACAUUUGUGUCUUGGAAAUAGUAUGGGUUUACAAGAAAACACAAUUAGAUGUAGUGUGGUUUGAGGCAUAAUAAUGAAUGAUCCUACAAGGUAAAUAAAUGGACUGAACUGCUGAAUAAAUU